AUGUGCGACUGUGUUAUUUAUGUUGGUGAUCUGGAUCCUCUCGUUACUCUCGAUGAACUAGCCUUUACCUUUUCCAGUUUCAAUUGUCAACUUAUUAGUGUAAAGCGAUCUAAAAACGGAACAUGCUUCGCAUUAUUGCGUUUCCAAAGCGAAGAUGAAGUUAAUACUUUGAUGUCUAAGAUGCGAAAUCUUCGAUUCCGCAAUCGACCCAUUCGCUUGAUGCGCUUCCAACCAGAUCCUUGUUUACGAAAUAUCAAAGCAGCAAAUGUGUUUGUUGGCAAUAUAGACGAAUGCGUCACGCAAGAGGAACUCCACGAGCUAUUUAGUUCCUUUGGGGAAGUAUUGUCGUGCAAGAUCGCUACGAAUGACUUAAUGAAUUCACGCGGAUAUGGAUAUGUACAAUAUAGUAAACCUAAUUACGCACUAGGUGCAGUUGGAGCUUCCGGCACGUUGGAACUUGCCGACAAAAAAUUAGUUGUGAAGCCUUUCAAGCCACGAAAUGAACGCUAUCCUAAUGCCAAUGUUCUACCAUUCACUAAUUGCUACGUUAAAAAUUUUGACCGACGCACUACUGAAGCCGACCUACGAAAAUUGUUUGGUGAGUUUGGCGAAAUCGGGAGUAUUUUUAUCCCAACACACUCCAAUAAUGUGUUAAAGGGUUAUGCCUUUGUAUGCUUUAAACGAUUUGAUGAGGCUUGGAACGCUGUACGACAUUUGAAUGGAAAGUUGUUUAGAGGACAAAGAUUAUACGUUAGUCCAGCUGAAAAAAAGGCAGACAGAAUAAAAGCACUAAAUGCCCACUUGACAGCCAUGACUGAAACGGGUAUUUUUGUGAAAGACCUGGAUGAAAGAAUCACUGAAUUUAACCUGUAUUCGUACUUCGGUCAAUUUGGAAAAGUGCUUAGUGCUAAGUUGCAUCGAAAUGCGUUUGGACGUUCAAAAGGUCUUGCGUAUGUAUGGUUCCAGUCGCCAAGUCAUGCAAAAUUGGCGCUUAAAAUGAAAGAUAUGAUCAGUGGAGCGCAAAUCUUCUCAUUCUAUCCAAUAUUUCCGGCUGCAGCGAAGCCUCAACUUGCUUCAUGA